GCACCCUUCCCUCCCAUGGGCGCAGGUGUGUCCUACCUGUGUUUAGCAGGGUUUCGAACAAGGAAGUUUUUCCGAGAGCCACGGAUCGUUUUACCUGACACUCACACACCCAUAGAAAGAGGUAGGCUGCGCUGAAAAACACAAACUCCAGUGUGUGCUGGCUGCGACCGUCCGAAGCGUCUCGCUUUAACUUGAGGGGACUUCCAGAACCGAGUCCCUCACCCUACCCCUACCCCAGCGGGAGCCGACCCGAUGGCAUCGGCCGGCGGACCUACGCAGGCGGACGGCCCGGGCAGCGCAGAGAAGCUGAGCUCCUCCGCGGUCAACCGCAUCCUCAUGGAGGUGCUCAUGUACCUCGGCCGGACCAUCUUGGUCUUCUACCCGGUGUACCUGACCGGCUACCUGGGCCUCAGUGUCAGCUGGGUGCUGCUGUGCAUGGUGAUGGCGACCUGGUGGAAGAAGAACCGCCAGCGGAAGGACACGCGCUUCGGAACCGCCAUCGAAUUUGUGGACAACGAGACCCACGUGAUCAACAAGGAGCUGCUGGGUGGUCUGCAGAUGGCAACAUGGGUCCAUUUCAAUGAUGUUGAGAAAGUGGACUGGGUUAACAAGGUGUUGGACCAGGCCUGGCCUUUCUUUGGGAUGUACAUGGAGAAGCUCCUGAAAGAGAAAAUCCAGCCGGCUGUCAGACUCUCCAACCCCGCGCUCAGAAUGUUCUCUUUCACUAAAGUCCACUUCGGACACAAACCUCUCAGGAUCACUGGGAUUCAAGCCUACACCCAUGAAGUGGAUCAGAGGGAGGUGGUUCUGGACAUGCACAUAAGCUAUGACGGCGAUGUGGAUAUCGACACUGUGGUGAAGCUGCCUGUCACAGCUGGCGUCAAAGGCCUUAAGCUCGAAGGGAUGCUGAGGGUCAUUCUGGAGCCUCUCAUUGGUGAAGCACCACUAGUGGGAGGAGUCACCUUCUUUUUCAUCCGCCGCCCGACCCUACAAAUCAACUGGACGGGUAUGACCAACCUCCUGGACAGUCCUGCCUUCAGUUCGUUGUCUGAGGAGACCAUCGUGGACAUCAUCGCCUCUCUCAUGGUGCUGCCAAAUCGCAUGUGCAUUCCCCUCGUAGACCAGGUCAAAGUGGACCAGAUGAGGUUCCCACUACCCCGAGGCGUGGUGAGGGUUCACCUGCUGGAGGCCAGAGACCUGGUGGCGAAGGACACGUACAUGUUGGGUUUGGUCAAAGGCAAAUCAGACCCCUACACCAAGCUCAGAGUCGGCAACAGUCAUUUCCAAAGCAAGACCAUCAAAGAGAAUUUGAACCCAACAUGGAACGAAGUGUUUGAGUUUGUUGUCCAUGAGGCGCCGGGGCAGGAGCUGGAGCUGGAGCUGUUUGAUGAGGACACAGACAAAGAUGAUCCCCUCGGAGUGUACAACCUUGAUUUUGGAGAAGUGAAGAAGGAGAAGGCAAUGGAUCGGUGGUUUCCUCUGGAGGGCGUCCAGACUGGAGAAGUUCAUCUCAAGCUCCAGUGGUUUUCACUUAGCACUGACCUCAGCCUGCUCAGUGAGUCUGCAGAUGGCGGUGCCUGUGCGAUGCUCGCGGUGUACCUGGACAACGCCUCCAACCUGCCUAAAGACCACAGUGAGUUCACCGAGAAUCAGAAACACGGGAAGCACUCGAAGGAAGCUCGGCUCACCAGGAGAACUCCUGAACCCAACUCCUUUGUGGAGUUUUCCGUUGAUAAGGAAGUUCAGAAAAGCAAGGUUAUGUUUGCGUCCAAAAACCCAGUGUGGGAGGAGGGCUUCACCUUCUUUGUGCACAAUGUGAAAACACAGCAGCUUUCUUUGCAGGUGAAGGAGCCUGACAAGAAGACUCCGCUUGGCGUUCUGAACCUGCCCCUGUCUCGCCUCCUCAACACCGCAAACAUGAGUCUGGACCAGCGCUUCAUGCUGGAGCGCUCUGGAGCAAACAGCCAGAUUAAACUGAAGGCCACUCUCAGGGUUCUUACUAAGGAAAAGCCUCCACCCAAGAUUAUCCCCAGUCCUCCCCCAAAAAUCAAUCAACAAAAUGCAAAGGCCAACCAAGGGAGUGGGGGCUCUGCCUCCGCUGCUGCCUCUGCCACUGCCUCCGCCGCUGCUUCCUCCACUCCUGGAGUUUCGAACAAAAAAAAUCCUGCCGCCAAAGCUUCAUCUUCCAACCAAGCAGCUGAUUCCCCGCUGGUCCCCAACGAAGAUUAUUUUGCCCAGCGCCGCGGCUCCUUCGUGGCCAACGAAGCUCUGCGGUCGCCACCCACCCCGUCGAACAUGCGCCGGUACGACUCCCACAGCCUGCUGUCAGAGAACUCCAUCUCCUCAUCACGUUUUGACCUCUCGGACGGGGCUUCUUAUCCAGAGGCGCUUAGGACACAUCAGGGUUCAUUUGGGGAGAUCCACAUGACUGUGCGCUAUGCCUCCCUGAGGAACAAACUCAUCGUCCUGGUUAAUGCUUGCAGGAACCUGUUCCCCUGCAGUGAGAGCGGCACAGACUCGUAUGUCCGGCUGUAUUUUCUCCCUGACCAAACCUGGAGACACCGCAAGACGACACAUGUCAAGAGAAAGACAGUCAAUCCCGUCUUCAAUGACAAGUUUGAAUUCGACGUGCCACUUCAGGAGGCUAAAACGCGGAAGUUGGACGUGUCGGUGAAAAACAACAGAAUGUUCCACACACGGAAGAGAAAGGACAUCGGCAUGGUAUUAAUAGAUCUUUCCCAAAUAGACCUGGUCAAAGGCACCACAGAAUGGUACGAGCUCUCCCUGCCUGGGCUGAAGAGACCCAGCUGAGGGGUGGAACCACAGCAAUGCUCUUCAGACCAAUCAGAAUAUUCCUCUGUCUUCCUUAUCACCACUGAUUAGAUGAAGGUUCUCCAAAUGCAGCACCACCGCCCGUCUCAGAUACUGGACAUGCUCGGUAUUUACAUGUCAAAGUCUCUAUAGUCACAGGUGCGUACUGUAUAUUAGUAAUAUUCCAAACUCCAAACCUACUUUUUACUGGGAAAUAAAUGGUUUUAGUUAUUCUUGUUUCACUUACAGAGACUCCUUUUUAAUAUACCAAAAAUGUUCUAAAGUUUUAUAACGCUGUCAUCUUGGUGUCAGCAGUACUUACACAUAAGGCUCUAGAUAGGUACUUGAUAAUAUUAGCACAAGCUUUUUUUAAGAUGUCUUUGAAUUUAUUUAUUUUGAUAGGCAGGAACAAAAAGGUUUUUAACAAAAAUGCGUUUACUAAGAGAGAAAAAUAAAUAUAAUACACCACUUGACAGGAAAAAGUAGAUAAGCACAGGCCUUACCAAUGACCCUAAUAAACAUUAAUGAAGACUCUGUUCUUUUUAGGUACAGAAAAUAUUUAUUUGAAACACCCGUGUUUACCAUAGACUUUAUAAAGAUGGAAUACUUGACAGCUUUCCAAAAGUGAAGCCGUCCUGGUGGUUGGAUGCAGGAUAGGUCAUAAAUCCCUCCUCCUUUAUAUGAGUGAAUGGGACGUGGGACAAACUGAAAAGUCAUAGUACAGUUUUAGUAGACUACUAAUUUUUCUGGUAAGUUUGGUUUAAUGCGGGGAGUUAUUUAAUGCUAUAAAAACAUGUUAGAACGUUGUGGUGGAGAAACAAGACCCACCGCGCAGACUCAGGAGUGUUUGUGGAUAUUUUGACUUCAUUCGUUGACAGUCGGUGGAAGUGGAUACUCACCGUCCGUCUUUCUACUCGGUGUAUCCGACGUUAACCUGCUGUGUCCUGUCAAAAUGGCUGCUGUUUAGAAGUUUGAUUCAUCAGAUAAUAUUUGUACUCCACCAAUAAACAAGGUGAUAUUUUUUAUUUUUUU